UUAAAGAUUUCGGUUUACCUAUAAUAUGUAUUUAUCUUGGUCUUCAUUUAACAAUAUAAGGAUGCUAUUGAUGGCGUGUAUGCCGGUUAUCAUAUUUUAUUUAAUUUGGUUAAUAAACACUUCUGAAGGUAUACGAAGUGAGGAAGGAACACUUUUGGACCUUGUUUGCUGGCCCGAUGGCAAUGCAAUUCCUGUGAUUAUUACUUGCGGCUCAAUCAUUGCUGUUGUUAUAGAGUUAUAUGGCCUGUAUCAACUAUUUAAAGCUGGACUUCCCAAGAAAGAGUACAAUGUAACGAAUGGUUUAUUUUAUUAUGUAUGGUCGUUAAUAAUAAUAAUUAUUAUUUUUCUCGCAAUCAUGUUUUAUUCAGGUCUUCAAUCGACUAUAAUAAGAGCAAAAAUAAAGGGAGGUAUAACAAAAGCAAUGCUUCGAUAUGCAAAUCAUCUUCCUUCUAAAAUAGCUAUCGAUAGGUUGCAAACCAGAUUCCAUUGUUGUGGAAGAGUUGGUUAUCAGGAAUGGUUUUUUAUACCUUGGUAUAGUGCUGGACAAAGCACCGACGUAUUGUUAGUAUUAAAACAUUACUAUUUUGUUGCUGACAACGUCCCGUAUAGUUGCUGUUCAAUGGAUAUCAUGCAGCCGUGUAUCCAUCAUGGAGUUACCAAGAAAGGCACGAUUUAUAAGUACGAUCCCUCAUCACAAUUGACAAUAUGGGAAGCCGGUUGCGAAGAAAAACUGAUAAGCGAAAUGAUGUCAAUCUCGUGGCGUUUCAAUGCUGUGAUGUCACUCAUCAUAAUAGCGAUGAUUCUUCAAGUUAUAGCCGUACGUUAUUUGCACACGGCGUACCGAAAUGGGCUAAGUGUGGACAAUCAGGAUUCAUGUUAUGCAUAUUUACUCCGAUCUGAUACCAAAGUGGCAGGGAGAAGAAAGGUAUUCCGAAAGCGGAAAUUACGUCAAGCGCGAACUCUACACUGGGUGACUGCUACGUAUAAAAGACAGUAUACAACAUCAUCUCAAUCAGAUUUUAACAGCUCUGAUGAAUUAUUGAAACCUAUUUAUGAAUAA